AUGAAGACAGCCGUGGCAGUUCCUCUGCACGGCCACGAGCCUCUCCUCCUCCCUGGUCGUACGUUCCGCCUCCCCCCACACCCAGCACCUCUCCUCCACCUUCAGCUCCUCCCUCUGUGGGCCCCUCGGAGCCUGGAGCCCCCAGAGCUGAACUCGGCAGCUGUGGGGGAGGGCUGGGUGGCUGCUGCUCUGGUCCUGGGCUCAGCAAACGCAGAAGACAGACUGGAGGUUGCUCAGUGGCUGUGGGCUCGCUCACUGGAGGCGGACAGCCAGGAGUCACGGGCCCUGGGGCCAGUCAGGACCAGGAAGAAGGAGCUGGAAACAACAGUGAAGAUGAGUAUGAGAACGCUGCACGACAGGCUGUGGACCCUGCCACUGUCGAACAGGUGA